ACAUGUGCACGCGCCAGCAGUCCACUUUGCUGAGCAUACUCAGAGCGGCGGGAGGACGGGCUAAAGGCUGGAACAGCCACUCUGCACACUUUGCCACAGUUUAGCUGUUCUGCCUCUCCAAAAGGUUCGAGUUUUUUGGCCAUUUCUCCUCAAACGCUUCGUUUCUUUCGCUUCAAGGCUUCUUCCCUCCAUAUAACAUCAUUUGCCGCGGGACUGUCCAGAGUCGCCAUGGCUUUUGUUGGACGAGCAGUUCAGCGAGUGGCGUUGGCGGCGUGGCCUUCCCUCUCCCCUCUGUGCCGGACGAGCUCUCGAUCCUACAGCUCAGAACCCACCAAUGAGAAAAAUGUUCCCUAUGAGAUGACUCUAAAACAGGAAAGUGGAGCUGCCUCUGGACCCACAAAGCCUUUACCCAGAUCAGCAGAUGUGGUUGUGAUUGGGGGAGGCAGCCUGGGCUGUCAGACCAUCUACCACGUGGCUAAAAUGGGAAUGACCAAUGUAGUUCUGCUGGAGAGAGACAGGCUCACCGCUGGCACCACCUGGCACACUGCAGGCCUGCUGUGGCAGCUCCGUCCCAGUGACGUGGAGGUGGAGCUCCUGGCGCACACCAGAAACGUGAUCAGCAAAGACCUGGAGGAGGAAACUGGUCUCCACACUGGCUGGAUCCAGAAUGGAGGACUCUUCAUUGCUUCCAACAAGCAGAGGCUGGAUGAGUACAAAAGGCUCAUGUCGCUGGGUAAAGUUUAUGGCAUAGAGUCCUAUGUCCUUUCGCCGGCGGAAACCAAAGAUCUGUAUCCACUGAUGAAUGUUGACGAUCUGUACGGAACGCUUUACGUUCCCAAAGAUGGGACCAUGGACCCUGCAGGAACCUGCACAACUCUGACCAGAGCCGCCUCCGCUAGGGGAGCCACUGUGAUUGAGAACUGCCCUGUGACUGGUAUUCAAGUACGAACAGAUGACCUUGGCGUGAAAAAGGUGAAGGCAGUGGAAACCGCCCAUGGGACUAUCGAGACGCAGUGUGUGGUGAACUGCGCAGGUGUGUGGGCCACCAAGUUGGGGGACAUGGCUGGAGUCAAGGUUCCUCUUAUUGCAAUGCAUCACGCCUAUGUGGUGACAGAGAGAAUAGAAGGCAUUCAGAACAUGCCGAAUGUCAGGGACCACGAUGCGUCCGUUUAUCUGCGUCUCCAAGGUGACGCCCUGUCUGUGGGGGGUUAUGAACAGAACCCUAUCUUCUGGGAGGAGGUGAAUGACAAGUUUGCUUUCAGCCUGUUUGACCUGGACUGGGAUGUUUUCAUGCAGCACAUUGAGGGUGCAAUCAACCGAGUUCCUGUUCUGGAGCAGACAGGCAUCAAGUCCACCGUCUGUGGACCAGAAUCGUUCACUGCAGACCACAAGCCGCUAAUGGGAGAAGCCCCCGAGGUCAGAGGAUUUUUCCUGGGAUGUGGCUUCAACAGUGCUGGUAUGAUGCUGGGAGGUGGAUGCGGUAGAGAGCUCGCUCACUGGAUCAUACACGGCCGCCCUGAAAGGGACAUGUAUGGAUAUGACAUCAGGCGUUUCCAUCACUCACUCACAGACAAUAACCGCUGGAUCAGAGAGAGGAGCCAUGAGUCGUACGCUAAAAACUACUCUGUGGCGUUUCCCUUUGAUGAGCCGCUGGCAGGCAGAAAUAUGAGAAAGGACCCCUUCCAUCAGAUUCUGACGGAGCAGGGUUGUGUGUUCCAAGAACGACAUGGCUGGGAGAGACCUGGAUGGUUCAACAAAGAUGGAGCUGCUCCAGUUAAGGACUAUGAUUUUUAUGGAGCUUAUGGAAAAAGGAAGAAUACAUCUUACAAAUACAGUGAACUCCUGGCCAAAGAAUACACCUUUGACUUUCCUCCACAUCACAAUGUGAUCAAGAGCGAGUGCCUCUCGUGCAGACACGGCGUGGCUGUCUUUGACAUGUCCUACUUUGGGAAGUUCUAUCUCACCGGACCAGAUGCCAAGAAGGCAGCUGAUUGGCUGUUCACAGCUGAUGUCAACAAGAAGCCAGGCUCCACUGUGUACACCUGUAUGUUGAAUAAAAGAGGAGGAGCAGAGGCUGACCUGACAGUAAGCAGACUAGAGCCCAGUGCUGCUAACUUGCCCUUGGCUCCUGAAUCCAAUGGUGAUGGAUAUUACCUGGCCAUUGGAGGUGGUGUUGCCGAGCACAACUGGAACCACAUUCAAACGGUUCUUCAGGACCAGGGCUUCCGCUGCCAGCUGACAGACCUCUCUGAAGACAUGGGGAUGAUCAGCAUCCAGGGACCCAAAAGCCGAGAUGUACUACAGGAGGUUUUGGACACAGACCUGAGCAACGAAGCUUUUCCAUUUUCUACUCACAAAGUUGUCACUGCAGCCGGACAUCAGGUGCGAGCGAUGCGUCUGUCAUUUGUCGGGGAGCUGGGCUGGGAGCUGCACAUUCCCAAAAACUCCUGUAUUCCAGUGUACCAAGCUGUCAUGGCCGCUGGUGCCAAACACGACAUCAUCAACUCAGGCUACAGAGCCAUCGACUCUCUGAGCAUAGAGAAAGGAUAUAGACACUGGCACGCCGACCUACGCCCUGAUGACACACCCUUGGAGGCGGGGCUCGCCUUCACAUGCAAGCUGAAGAGCUCCAUCCCAUUCCAGGGCAGAGAUAGACUAGAGAAGCAAAAGAAGGAGGGGCUUAGGAGGCGCAUCGUCUGCUUCACCGUUAAUGAGACAGUACCAAUGUUUGGUCUGGAGGCCAUUUUCCGUAAUGGUGUUCCUGUCGGUCACCUGCGGCGAUCUGACUUUGGCUUUUACAUCAAUAAAACUCUCGGUUAUGGGUACAUUCGAAACCCAGAUGGAGGAGUGGUGAGUGCAGAAUUUAUUAAAAGUGGCGAGUUCACCUUGGAAAGGAUGGGAGUGACGUACAAGGCAGAAGCCCACCUCAAAUCUCCGUUUGACCCAGAGAACAAACGUGUCAGAGGCAUUUAUGAUUGACAGACGCUCAGGAAGCAGCUUUGUUUACUUUUAUCCUCUGAAACAACAGGAUCAUUGUUUUUUUGGGGGGCUUAUUUUGAAGAUGAGAUUUACUUGGUUAUAAACCAUUUGGGCACCUGGGCAAACACAAAGAGUGCAAUGUUUGCAUCAGAGUUGCUGGAUCAAUCCCUAUUGCACAAGCAAAUGCCUAUAAUCCAGUUUAAUCCUGUUUUAGCUGAAGUAAUGAUCUGGAAAACUCUUUGAUCUUGUCUAACAUUAAAUAACUCAGACGUUAUCCAGGAAUGGUAAAUAACACAUUGUGGGACAGUUUUCUAAAUCUGUCCAACUUACAUUCGUGGGACUUUUUUAAUUCCACUAAACUCUAAAUGUCUUAGCUUUUACCAGCAAUGUGACACUUUAAUGUACUUAUGACUCGUAAGUGUUUUGUUUUUAGUAUUCUUUCCUCUUAAAAAGUUGGAAAACAUGGCUGCAUAAAGAUUUUUUUAAUUCAGGACAACUUUUAGCAGUUGUUAGCAAAGUUAACAACUUCGUCAUUAAUCAUUUAUCAACAUUUGCAACAUUGUCUCCAUGGAAAAGGUUUACAGUACAGUGUUUGCACAAAACAUAAUGUGAAUAAGUGAACAAUUCUAAAUGUGAAAUAAAGGAUGUCUAAUUUUUCAGCUUUGAUUUCUGAGGUUGUGUGGUUGGUUUUACUCCUACUUUGUUUAAAAGUAAAAAUUCAUUCAAAAAAAUAAUUUUUAAUAUGACUGUAACAAAAAACAGUUCAUUAUUAACAUUUAGACUUUUGAUAGAAUUCUUGACAUUAUGUCGAUGUUUAGACAAAGCACAGACAGAACUUGUUUUUUUUUUGCUAUUAAACAUUGUGGUUCGUUUUGAAUGUUUAAUAUUGUUGAUCACACAGUAGUGCGUUUCAGUUCAAAAUGUUUUUGAUGUUUAAAGCUCUUUAAAGUUUUCUUUUUUUCUUUCAAAUAUUUAACACCAGAGUGGUUAGCAGUUUAAAGUGGCUAGAAUGACCUUUUCUUGAUAUUCAUUAAAGAAGAGUGCUUUGUUUCC